AUAAUCGUAGUUUGUUCUAAUAGUGUUUGUGUUGAAAUAAAAUUCAUUAUUAACAAUAAAUUAACAUUUCAGAGAUUAAUUAUUAUUAAUUUAAUAGUAAUUAAGGAAAAAAUCUGUGAUUAUUUUGUUUUGAAUUGUGAAAAUAUUGUUAGCAAGCAUUCUAUUGGACAAGAAACAAAAGAUGAAAUAAACACACUUCAUAUAUCUAAUAAAGUCAAUAUACCCAACAUUCGAAACACAUUUAAAUAUUGAAAAGUGAAAUCUAAAAGAGAAACUAAUUCAUAAGGUGAGUUACACUUUUUGUCAGUAUAUUCAUAUGCCAAAUAUUUGAGUUUUAGAUUUGACCAAAUUGUAUUAAUUUGGAAAUUCUGUUUCUAAUAAUAAUUUAACUGCGUUUUAUCCUUAUACUACAAUGUGCUCCAAAAAUUAAAUAAUGGAUUGUACUUUUACUUAACUAUUGUAUAAUAAAUUUGAUAAUCGAAAAGCGAAUUAGUAGAUCAAUGACACUCAAUGGGAAUUGGCACUACAGUUUGGUGUGAGCCUUGUCCUCCUGGACAAUUCGCCUUCAAACUGCUCUGUUUUUCACCAAUGUUCCCCAUCCUAUCGAAAUUAAUUAUUUGUAAGUCUUCGUGAACUUGAUCAGUCCAUUUGAUAUUCGACUCUUUUUCUACUGCUGUAUAGUUUGGCAUUCAUUCAAGUGUUUCAGAUACUCACAAUGGAGGAAACUUAUUCAAAUAUGACAUUUGUUAAAAAUCUUUUCACCAGAAAAAUCAUUUGGUUGAACAUUUGCUUACACAUGAAGGACAAAAGCAAUUCCAAAAUGUUGAUGAAGAAGAGAAUGAAAAAAAUGAAAUUGAAAUAGUAGAACAUCAUUUGAAUGAGGAAGAUAUCAAAGAAGACCAUGUAGAUGGUGGUGAAAAAUUGGAGGAAAAUGUUUUAGAUACUCCAAUACAGGAAAAUUAUUCAAAUAUGACAUUUGUUCUUAAAAUACGAUAUUCUUCUUUUUUAUAUAGUUAUUUAUGGCAAUUUGCAAAAACAAAAAUGGCCGCCAUUUAAAAGGACGCCGGCUCGCCCAUACAAAACCUGUAAUUUUGUGUGGGCCUUCAAGAAAUAUUAAACACCUUGGAAACGUUCAUAAAACUUAACUAAGUUUCUUAUAGGAAUAUUAUUCUUGCAAGUACUUUUGUGAUAUUCAUAGUUUUAUAAAAUACCAAGAAGGUCGACUACUUGUGACGUGUCACUCAGUGUUACAAUGAAUGGUGACUUGCUAAUUAUACACUUAGACUAUAUUAUAAAUAUAGAAGAAGAAUGUAUAUUUAAUAUGAAUUAUGUAUUGCUCAGUUUGAUAAAAUCCAAACAGUAUUGAUAUGGAGCAAAAAGUAAUUAAGCACGAAAUCGAGAUUCACGAUGAUUUUAUUUGGAAUACGAAUGUUAAACAAGAAGUGAGUGUUGAAAUCCCUCAUGUUGCUUUUACAAAUAUGAAUACAAGUACUAUGCAUCCUAUUAAACAAGAAAUAUGUGACGACCUGAAAAUAACUCAGGGAUAUGAAGAAUCUAUGGUCACUGUGAAAGCAGAGGGAAGCUGUAAUACGGUUGAUAAACUCAACAUUCAAAACAAAAUGGAAUACAUGGGAAUAAAAAAUAGAAAACCAAUUAAAUCACAAGGGCUGUUAAAAAAUGGAAAACAACUGAAUCUGAAUAUGAUUGGAGGGAUUAUAAUCUGUAAGCUGUGUGGAAAAUUAUAUACGAAACAAAUGGAAUUCUCUUGGCAUCUUUGUACAUGUCUUUGUAUGAAACAGAAAUUUUACCAGAAAAAUAAAUGUAAAAAAAUGCGAAAAACAGACCCUAACAGAAAUCUUAAAGAGAAUGGGAAAAAUGAAAUUGAAAUAGUUGAAAAUGGUUGGGAAAAAAAAGAAGAUAAUAGAUUUACUGAUAAUAUUGAUUCAAGUUUAGGUCAGACAUUGAAGAGAAAUGAUUUAAACACAAGAAAUAAAUUAUUUAAAUGUGACAUUUGCUCAAAAACUUUGUCACGAAAAAGUAAUUUGAACAGACAUUUACUUAUUCAUACAGGAAAAAGGCCUUUUAAAUGUGGCACAUGUUCAAAAUGGUUCUUACAGAAACGUCAUUUGAACACACAUUUGCGAAGGCACACAGAAGAAAAGCCAUUUAAGUGUGAAAUUUGCUCAAAAACUUUUCCACGGAAAAGUAAUUUAAGCAGACAUUUAUUUAUUCAUACAGGAGAAAGGCCUUUUAAAUGUGAUAUUUGUUUGAAAUCGUUUUCAGAGAAACGUAAAUUGAGUAUACAUUUGCGUAUACACACAGGAGAAAAACCAUUUAAAUGUGAAAUUUGUUUAAAAACUUUUUCGCAGAAAAACAGUUUAAACGUACAUUUGCCAAAGCAUUCUGGAGAAAAGCCGUUCCAAUGUGAUAUUUGUUUUAAAUCAUUUCCUUAUAAAAAUUAUUUAAAUAUACAUAUGCGUAUUCACACAGGAGAGAAGCCUUACAAAUGUGACAUUUGUUCAAAAGCUUUCUCAAACAAGUAUCGUAUGAAAACGCAUUUUCUUAGCCACUCUGAAGAAAAGCCAUACAAAUGUGAUAUUUGUUCAAAAGCUUUCUCAAUUAAAUAUAGUAUGAAAAUGCACUUGCUUAGUCAUUCCGAUGAAAAGCCAUACAAAUGUGAUAUUUGUUCGAAAACUUUCUCAUACAAAUCUGGUAUGAAAAGUCAUUUAUGUAGUCACUCAAAAGAAAAACCAUUCGAAUGUAACACAGGAGAAAAACCAUUCAAGUGUGACAUUUGUUCAAAAACUUAUUCACAUAAAAAAACCUUGAAUUUACAUAUGCUUAAUCAUACGGGUGAAAAACCAUUCAAAUGUCACAUUUGUUUCGAUUCGUUUAUAAAAAAAUAUAGUUUGGAAAUACACUCUCGCAUUCAUACUCUAAUAAAACCAAUUCAAAAGUGACGUACAGGGUCUUUAUCAAUUAACGUAAUCAGUUAAAACGCAUUUUGAUCGAAAUGGCAUUAAUUUUCGUAACCCAUUGACAAAUUUUUUCAACUGUUGGUGCGUUUUGUUUGAUUUGUUGUAUUGAAAUUUUCAAUGUGAAAAAAAACAUUUAUUUUAUAUAUAUUUUAUAUAUAUAUAUAUAUAUAUAUAUAUAUAUAUAUAUAUUCGUAACAGCCGUAAUUUUGUUUUUUUUUAUAUUUAUUCCAAGGUGGUAAAUUACGAUCUGAUCUAAGCUACCUUCCUCAUUAUAAAACUUUUUGAAUUUUUAUUUUCAUAUUUACCAAAUUCGGGAAUAUCUGAGCGCAGUAGGAGGCUAUCAUUUUCGCAGGCUCGCUCUUUAUAAAAUAAUGUUGAAGAAAAAAAAAUUGUAACACUUUAUUAAAAAAAUAGUAAACAAAAAGUUUUUUAUGGAAUUAUAAUAAAGAAAACGAGAAAAAAAAAUA